CUUUAUUCAUUUUCUGGUCUCACAAAUCUCGGGAUUGAUUUUUUUCUUCUUCUACCCUUAAAUCCCUCUGUAUGUUUUUUUGUUGCACGCUCCCACAUGCGUCUGAUCUGGAAUUAGAUCACAAGAAUCUCUCUUUCAACUUCUCUCCUAUGACGAAAUAAUACACAAGAGAAGAAGAAGAAGAAGACUAAAGAAGAUACUGCGAUAAAAAAAAAAACACAAAGUGAAUGCUGCAAAGCAAAAACUUGAGAAGAUUGUGUAAGAAGUCAUUCAUUAUCUUUCUUGCAGAGAAAGUUAGAAGUUGAAAAGACAAAAAGGAUUUUUGAUCUGAAGAUUCUGAUUUGGGAUCUCAAAUGGAGAACGUUGAUGUGUCUAAGUACAUACACAGCUCUGUGCACAAAGCUGUUGCUUCUAAAGACUAUGUUGGUCUCAGAGCAAUACUGUCUUCUCUUCCAAAGCCUAAAGAUCCAUGUGAGAUUCAAACAGAAGCAGCUUCAUUAUCCGAGGAAGCAAAAUCCGAUACCAUUUCAGCUGUGAUUGAUAGAAGAGACGUCCCAAGCCGCGACACGCCGCUACAUCUAGCGGUGAAGCUCUGUGAUUCAACAUCAGUAGAAAUGCUAAUGGUUGCUGGAGCUGACUGGACUUUGCAAAACGAAGACGGUUGGAACGCGUUGCAGGAAGCUGUUUGCAGUAGACAAGAGGCGAUAGCGAUGAUUAUAGUUCGGCACUAUCAGCCUUUAGCUUGGGCUAAAUGGUGUAGGAGACUACCUCGUUUGAUAGCUACAAUGAGUAAGAUGAAAGAUUUUUACUUGGAGAUGAGUUUUCAUUUUGAGAGCUCUGUUGUUCCUUUUGUAUCUAAGGUUGCACCGUCUGAUACUUAUAAGGUUUGGAAAGUGGGAUCGAAUUUGAGAGCGGAUAUGACUAUGGCUGGUUUUGAUGGGUUUAAGAUUCAACGGUCUGAUCAAAGUAUAUUGUUUCUUGGUGAUGGGUCAGAGGAUGGUGAAGUUGCUCGUGGAUCGCUUUACAUGGUGAAUCAUAAGGAUAAAGAAGUGAUGAAUGCGUUGGAUGGUGCUUGUGGAGUUCCAUCAGAAGAAGAAGUUAGGAAAGAAGUGGCUGCAAUGUGUAAGAGCAAUAUCUUUAGACCCGGGAUUGAUGUGACACAAGCGGUUUUAUCUCCGCAGACUAAUUGGAGGAGGCAGGAGAAGAGUGAGAUGGUUGGUCCUUGGAAAGCUAAGGUCUAUGAGAUGAACAAUGUUGUUGUUAGUGUUAAGUCAAGAAAGGUUCCUGGUUCAUUGGCUGUAGAAGGAGGCGAUGAUGAUAUCUGCGAUGUUUUAACAGAUGAAGAGCAAAAGCAACUAGAGGAUGCUCUUAAGCUGGAUUUACCAGACUUCCCAAAUGUCAAUGGUGAGAAUGGUUUCAUUGUUCAUCAUCAGGAAGAUCAUGUUGAGGCCAACAAGAAAGCAGAGAAGAAAGGGUGGUUAGGAGGUUGGAGAAAGAAAGAGACUAAACAAGAGAAGCAGAUUCAAUACGCGCCACCGAGAAGCUCUCUUUGUGUGAAUGAGAAAGUAAGUAAUCUAUUGGGAGAGUCUAAUCAGAUAAAACCAGGAAGACACUCAGUAGAUAAUGAGCAUUAUAGGAAACCAAAAGCAUUGGUCUCUGACAAGACUCGCCACGAAAGCGAAUAUAAGAAAGGGCUACGUCCUGUUCUUUGGCUAUCUCCAAACUUCCCAUUACAAACAGAGGAGUUGCUUCCUUUACUUGACAUACUUGCAAACAAAGUUAAGGCGAUUCGUCGUCUUAGAGAACUUCUUACCACAAAACUUCCCUCUGGAACAUUUCCGGUCAAGGUUGCUAUUCCAGUGGUACCUACAAUAAAAGUGCUUGUUACAUUCACAAAGUUUGAAGAAAUUGAGCCUGUAGAUGAGUUUAAGACGCCUCUCUCGAGCCCGACUUCUUCUGGCUAUGAGAGUCCAGCUGCUGCAACAACUGACUUCACCAACUCAUCAUCGUCCUCCUCGUGGUUUCGUCGGUCUAGAUCAAACAAAGAUGGUGGGAGUAGUAAGUCAAAAACAUUACAAGACCCAUUUGCUAUACCCACAGGUUAUACUUGGGUCAGUCUUGAAUCAAAGAAAAGGAAACCAAAAAAGGGUGGUAAAAAAACAGAACAAGUUAGCUAACCACUUCAACUCUUGAGAACAUAAUACUAACCUACACAGGUUUUCUUCAUGAGAUUUGUGAAAAGACAUUGAAGAAAGGGUGAGAAAGGCAUAAAAAUUCUGAUACAACUUUAUUUGAUUAUUUUGUAACAUAGCUCAGACAUUUGCAAUGAAUUGUUUUCCUUUCCAUUGUGAUGUAAAAACAUUUGUUCUGCGUCUUUUGUAUCUUUUUUUUAUUCUUCUUAUUCAAUAUGCUUGGAAUAUGCAACACCUGAGUCGAUAUCUUGGAAAAAACUGGAGCCGAUUAAAUCACAUUCUAGUGUAAUUCCAAAUAAGUUUGUAGAUGAG